AUGGCUGGUACGGCCUUUGCGGUCGCCGAUCAGUUCACAGCUCUGAUCGUGCUGAACAAGCCGUCCUAUGUUAUCCAAGGCUGGCAUAGUACCCUUCUGUCCAUCGCCAUCACCACGUUCUCGAUCCUGUGCAACACUGUUCUCGUCAGGAAACUUCCCCUGUUGGAAGGCUUCGGACUCGUCCUCCAUGUGUUCGGAUUCUUCGCCUUCGUCGUCGUACUCUGGGUUAUGGGCGAGCGCUCGGAUGUCACAACCACAUGGACCCAUUUCGAAGACCCCAGUGGCUGGGGUAAUACAGGUCUCGCGACUCUCGUCGGUAUUCUUGGUCCCAUCCUUACUCUUGGAGACCCUGACUUGGCCGUCCAUCUCGCUGAGGAGGUCAAGGAUGCUGCGUGGGUCAGUCCUCGAGCCAUGGUCUCCACGGCUGUUGUGAACUACUCAUUGGCUUUCAUCAUGACCGUCACUGUCUUCUCCACUCUCGGCAACGACCUCGACACGCUUCUCGCCACCCCGCUUGGCCAGCCAUGGAUCCAGAUCUUGUUGAAUGCGACGGGAUCUAUUGUGGCCACCAACAUCCUGGUGGUACUCAUCUGCUCAUUGCUCAUGUUCAGCUCGGUCAACCAGGUGACAGCUUCAUCCCGUCAACUCUGGUCCUUCGCCCGUGAUCAAGGUCUCCCAUUCUCCAACUGGUUCGCUUACGUACCACCAGGCUGGGACAUCCCCGUCAAUUCCGUCAUCGCAACCCUCGUAGGAACCGCGCUCCUGAGUUUGAUCAACAUCGGCUCGGCCAUCGCCUUCAACAUCGUCAUCGCUCUCGGAGGUCUUGGUAUCUUCACUGCCAACAUCAUCGUCAUCGGCUGCAUGAUCAGGAAGCGAGUCCUCGGAGAACCACUCCUUCCGUCCAAAUUCGACCUUGGCAAGGCGGGCCUUUACAUCAACAUCAUUGCUAUUACAUACCUCUCUCUGGCUAUCGUGUUGAUUUGCUUCCCCGAGGUCCCAAACCCGUCUUUGGCAGAUAUGAACUGGUCCAUAGUCAUGUUCGCGGUACUUGUCGUCUUUGCCAUGGGUUACUACUACGUAAUCGGGAAGGACAAGUACGAUGGACCUGUCGAGUACGUCAAGCGUCAAUGA